UCCCCGCGGCGCCGCCCGCCGAGUCCCGGGUUUCGUUUUCGACGCGCGGGGCGGGACCGGGAGGCGCCCAUGGUCUUCGGCCGCCGCCCGCGCGCCCCACUGCUGCUCGCGCGCUUCUCGGGGCUGCGGCGCGGGGCCUGCGGUCGGGCCAUGGCGCCGCCGCGCUGCUUCGCGCUGGAGCUGCCCGGCUGCACCCUGGCUCACUUCGCAGUGGGCGACGAGGCCUCGGGCGCGCGCCCCGACCCCGGCGUGGCCGCGCUCCUGGGCCCCCCGGGCCGCAGCUACUCUCUGAGCGUGCCGGUGGCCGGGGGCGCGGGCUGCGCGGCCCAGGUGCGCGCGGCCCGGCUGCACCAGCGCUUGCUGCACCAGCUGCGGCGCGGCGCCUUCCGGCGGUGCCAGCUGCGCCGCCUGCUGUGCUACCGCCCGGGCGGCGGGCCGGGGGGCCUGCAGCACGGCUUCCUUCUCCACGACCCCCGCGACAGCCCGGACACCCGGAGCGCGCUGCUGGCGCUGCUGGACGCCUGCCCGGAGGCCCCGCGCCCGCUCCUGGCCGAGUUCUCCGGCGACCCGCUCUGCCGGCUGUGGCAGCUCCCGUGGGAACGGCGGGACGGCCAGGGGUGGCGGCAGCUGGGCCGCGAGCGCGUCGUGCCCGUGCCGGAGCCCGCGCUGCACCCGGUGGUGCCGGACCUGCCUAGCUCCGGGGUCUUCCCCCGCCGGGAGGCCGCCCGCGCCGUUCUGGAGGCGUGUACAUCCUUCAUUCCCGAAGCCCGGGCUGUGCUGGACCUGGUUGACCAGUGCCCAGAGCAGGUCCAGAAGGGAAAGUUCCCCGUUAUUGUCAUUGAAGGCCUAGAUGCCACAGGUAAAACCACUGUGACCCGGUCAGUUUCAGAUUCACUCAAGGCUGUUCUCUUGAAGUCACCGCCCUCGUGCAUCAGCCAGUGGAGGAAAAUCUUUGAUGAUGAACCAACUAUCAUUAGAAGAGCUUUUUACUCUUUGGGCAAUUAUAUCGUGGCUUCUGAGAUAGCUAAAGAAUCCACCAAAUCGCCUGUGAUUGUAGACAGGUACUGGCACAGCACGGCCACCUACGCCAUAGCCACUGAGGUAAGCGGGGGCCUCCAGCACCUGCCUCCUGCCCAUCACCCUAUAUACCAGUGGCCCAGGGACCUGCUCAAACCCGACCUGGUCCUGCUGCUUACCGUGAGUCCCGAGGAGAGGAUGCAGAGGAUCGAGGGCCGGGGCAUGGAGAGGACCAAGGAGGAGGCUGAACUGGAGGCCAGCAGCAUAUUUCGUCAGAAGGUAGAAGUGUCCUACCAGCGGAUGGAGAACCCUGGCUGCCACAUGGUUGAUGCCAGCCCUUCAAGAGAAAAGGUCGUCCAGAUGGUGUUAAGCGAGAUCCAAAAUAACUGCAAUUAAUUGUAGUUCCUCUGGGCCAGGAGACACAUUUUACCAGAUUUGAUGUUGUUUGACACGUCUAAGCCCACGACUGGUUAUGCAGUUUUCCCAGAUUGCAGUUGCAUGAGCUUGUCGUGUGGCAGAGGGUGGGACAUUUCGAUUUUACCUAAACCCCUGUUCUCACUUCUGCCCGAUGGACCCAUCGGGACUGAGACUGGGCACAUCCGGUGAGAGACGCAUCGGGACGGAGACUCCUCUGGGCACAUCCGGUGAGAGACGGUGAUUGCUUUCUGCCAAGUAUAAUAAACGUUUUCUUGGAACAGAUUUUCAACUACACCCCUACCAAAUCCUUCCAAGGUUUGUCUCCCCUUGAAAGCAUGAGGUGGACAGAAGCAACCAAGAAGACCAUCCGGAUCAACAGAAAGGAGCUCCUCCAGCCUCUCCUACGCCUGCACUGCCGGCUCCCGGGUGAGAUCCUGAGGAUGUGCUCGGAGCUGGUUUCCUCCCAGUCCAGCCACACUCCGUCUUUGUGAGCUCAGCCCCGAUUCUUAGAGCCAACCACUCCCGAAGAACACGUCUGUGUGUCCCGGCUGUCGGAAGACCCUCCCACAGGCCCAUCUUGUGGGAGGGGGGACACUGACCAAGAAGGCAUCUGACUUGUGUCUGAGGCUUACAUCCCCUGAGAGGCCAACCCAAGAUGCUCUGAAUACAAAUACACCAACAGUCCUUGGAUUCUAUUCUGCUUAUUUACUU